AUGGCUACAGGAGAGCAGCAGAGGCAGGAGAAGCGGCGCCGGCGCAGGGCUCGGCAGCAAGAGCUGCUCCCAGAAGAGGUCCUGGACAAGCACCCCCUGCAGAACAGAUGGGCACUGUGGUUUUUCAAGAAUGACAAGAGCAAGAUGUGGCAGGCAAACCUGCGCCUCGUCACCAAAUUCAGCACUGUGGAGGAUUUCUGGGCGUUGUACAGCCACAUUCAGCCUGCCAGCAAGCUCUCAUCUGGCUGUGACUAUUCCCUCUUCAAGGAUGGGAUCGAGCCCAUGUGGGAAGACAGCCAGAACAAGCGUGGCGGGCGCUGGCUCGUCACCCUGUCCAAGCAGCAGCGGCACACUGAGCUGGACCAUUUCUGGCUGGAUACGCUGCUGUGCCUCAUUGGGGAGAUGUUUGAUGAGUACAGCGACGAGGUGUGCGGGGCUGUCAUCAACAUUCGCACCAAGGGGGACAAGAUUGCCAUCUGGACCCGGGAAGCGGAAAACCAGGAAGGGGUCACCCACAUUGGGCGUGUCUACAAGGAGCACCUGGGCCUGUCACAGAAGGUGACCAUCGGGUACCAGGCCCACGCAGACACAGCCACCAAGAGCAGCUCCCUCCCCAAUGCCAAGUUUGUGCUGUGA